UCAUGGACAAGGAGAAGAAAAAGCCGACUAUCUCAGCCAAGGAGAAGAAACUUACUCCAAAAAUCACAUACACCCCUCAGAAGCCAGUAACUCGGAGCCACCCGCAGAAAAGAGUUGAUCCUGAGUUUGCUAGUGGCAAAGGACUGUCGGGACAUAAAAGGCGAAAAACAAAGUCCAGAACUGAAAACCCAGUUGGAAAAGAUUGCCCAACAGAGAAAGUUCAGAAAAAGGAUAGCGAGAAUGUGAGAAAGAGAAAAGCUAAAGGUGAUCCAAAUCUGCAAGAACUUACUAAAAAAGUGAAGAAUGCACGCAAGUUGUUGAGCCUAAGGAAAUCUCCGUUCUAUAAGGAUUUGAGUUCACAACAAAGAGCGCUUCUCUCUCCUUUUUUUGACAAAGCUACCUCAAUCAACAGUGCUUGGAAAGCUCCUGCUGUGAUUGGUCAUCACAUAUUAUCUGCAGAGACUUUGAAGAUCUGCUACAUAACAGGGCUUUAG